AUGGCGAGAAAUUCAACGGCUGUGAUUUUAGGGUUUGGAAUUCUGGUCUGUGUGAUAUUCUUCUUCUUCCUCAGUGAUGAUGGAAGAAAGAUUCUUCAAUGGCGUCUGAUUCAUGGGUUUCGACCCGACUCAUUACUACUGCUUAAGGGGUCGAGGGAGCCACAAGUGCCAUGCUACUUCAUAUUUGGAGACUCAUUGGUAGAUAACGGCAACAAUAACCAUCUUCAAACAUCGGCCAAGGCCAACUUUGCUCCUUAUGGCAUCGAUUUUCCUCAAGGCCCGACCGGAAGGUUUUCCAACGGACGAACUUAUGUGGACUUUCUUGCCAAAUUAUUAGGUUUCAAGCGUUGGAUUCCUCCCUUCGCUACGGCUAGAGAAGAAAGCAUUCUCACCGGCGUAAACUAUGGAUCCGGUGGUGCGGGCAUUCUUGAUAUGACGGGACAAAAUUUGGGUGAAGUUAUUAGCUUGAACAAACAGUUGCGUAACCAUAGGUCAAUUGUUAACCGAAUUGCCAAUAAGCUAGGAAGUAAAGAAUUAGCCGAUCAUCACCUAAACCAAUGUUUGUACACGGUUGGAAUGGGAAAUAACGACUAUCUCAACAACUAUCUUUCGUCAAAGUAUCCGACGAGCCAAUUAUACACCCCCGACCAAUACGCAACACUUCUAGUCCAAAAACUGUCCCAUCAAUUAAAGAAAUUGUACAAAUUAGGAGCAAGGAAAAUUGGGGUAUCAGAAGUGGGCCUAUUGGGCUGUUUACCGGGUGUAAUGGGCCUUAAUGGAUCAACUUGUGUGGGAUACGUCAAUGACUAUGUCAAACUCUUCAACCACAGGCUUGGACCUGUCGUUGAAGGUCUCAAUGCCAAUCUUACCGACGCAACAUUUAUCUUGUUGCCGUCUGGGAACUCAUCCGUGCCCGGUGUGACGAUAACGAAUGCUCCUUGUUGUAAUGUGACUUCAAGUGGAGAAUGUUUUCCAAACCUAGUGGUAUGUAAAAAUAGGACAAGUUAUUACUUUUGGGAUGCUUUUCAUCCCACGGAUCAGGUUUACAAAUCCGCAGCUCUAAGUGUCUACAAGGUCAUAUCUACGUCAAUCUUGAAAGAAAAAGCUCGCACUUGGAUGAGUUUUGAUCAAUAGAUUUGGUGGCUAUAGGUUGUGAUGCAACCACAUUUAUGUUUUUUUUUUUUUUCCUUUUGUGUGAAGUCAUAUAAAGUGUGUAUUAUUAAUGAAUCAAUGUAACUUCCAAAAAGGUUUGUUUAUUGUGCCUACUUAUAAAUAAAUUAUUUUUAUGUUGUUCA